CAGAAACCCAACUUCAAGGGUUUUGUGAGACAACGGCGACCAAAACUGUUGUCGGCAAGCACUUAGGAAAGGUUUUAUUCUGCAGAUAUUUUAUUAAUUGCUGAUGUGAUUAGAGCAGUUACUCUGGUUACAUUUUUAUUCAGGAGUAACACACACACUUUGCAGCAUGUGUACUGGAAAAUGUGCGCUGUGCGUCGGGGGAAGUCUGUACCCAUUAGCGCUGAUCUCCAUAAUCUGUAAUAUUAUUCUGUUUUUUCCUGGCUGGGAUGUUAAGUACUCUCAGAAUGGACAUAUUACUGAGGAGGUCAAAUACAUGGGAGGACUGAUUGGAGGGGGAGCAAUGGUGUUGAUUCCAGCUCUUCAUAUCCACCUAACUGGAAAGCAGGGCUGCUGUGGUAAUCGCUGUGGGAUGUUCCUGUCCAUUUUAUUUGCAGUAGUGGGUGUUGCUGGUGCCCUUUAUAGUUUUAUCGUGGCACUGUUAGGCCUUGUCAAUGGGCCGCACUGUAAUCAAAUGUCAGAUUCCUGGGGAACUCCGUUUAAAAACAGAAACGAAAGUUACCUUAAGCACCGUGACUUGUGGGUAAUAUGCACAGAGCCCACAAAUGUGGUGGAGUUUAAUGUGGGUCUGUUCUCAACAUUGUUGGUGGCCAGUAGCCUGCAGCUCAUCCUCUGUGCUGUACAGAUGAUCAAUGGCCUCUUCGGCUGCCUCUGUGGAACCUGCAGGAAUAAAGAAAAAGGGCCUCUUUAAACCGUCAAUACUCGGAGCAUCCAGGACUUUAUUAUUCUGUCAUCCUGCCUCACAAUCAGCUGAGAAGCGUCCUCUUUUGGGAAGAUGAAGUAAAUCAUUAAUAUUGCAAUCAGCCAACGGUUUUCAUGCACUAAAUCUUAACACUCUGAACAUUUUGAUAGAAGUUUAUUUGUACUAUAUGCAUGUUUACUUUACAUUUGUCUUACCUAUUGAUGUUUACUGCUGAUGUUGUUUUUGUUUUUGUUUUUUUAAUUACAUAUGUACUAUAUAAUGGAUCACAGAGUGAAUAAUAAUGUAUAGGAAACUGGCUUUAAUUAAUGAUAUAAAUAUAAGCACUCUUUUUCUAUCAAUAUCUUUAAAUGUUCUUCUCAAGACAUAUUUUUUAUAGUUCAGAAAUAAAGUAAAAAUAUACUACAAAU